UUUUUUAGCGCGUAGCUUUUUUAGAGCUGAAAACUGGCAAAAAAAACAACCCUGAAACUCUGCAAUUACUGUAGACAUGAAUUUCAAAAUACGGCGUGCUGCGAAGGAAGACUGCAAAGACAUAUCGAGGAUGAUAAUGGAUUUGGCGAUUUAUGAAAAGAUGCCUGACCAAGUGAAGAUUUCGCAUGAAGAGUUAGAGCGCGAUGGUUUCUGCCAGAACCCCCUCUUUGAAUGCCUCGUUGCAGAAGUACCAGAUAUAAUGGUUUCCCCUGUAGGAAAUGGCAUUGGUACAGCCUUAUUGAGCAAAGUUGCAGAGGUAAGACUAUUGGGGAAAAAGAAGCAGUGUGUGCGGCUGCAGUUGUCUGUGCUAAAUUGGAACACUCCCUCUCGAGACUUUUAUGCUGCUAAAGGAGCUCAGGACCUCACUGUCACUGAAGGCUGGCACGCUAUCCGCUUUGAUGGACAGAACCUGGACAAUUUAGCAAAUGAAGCACCUAAAGAUUGACAAGAAAACUAUGCUCUUUACCCUUCUGUGCAAAAUGGUGCUUGUUUUAAAACGUUUUUGGUAUUUUUCUCCAUAAAACAGCCUUAAUUAUA